AUGCUUCACGGAAUUGUCUCUCUGGAUUCUUCACUGCAUUGUUGGCGAUGUGAAGUUACUGUUCAAGCUCCAGACAAGGCUGGAAUGUUUUUAGAUGAUUGCCGAGCUCGGUUCGAUUUUACGCAACAUACACGAGAAGAUUGUGACGGUAAAUGUUGGAAAUCGGUUGAUUUAAUCGAAACACGACCAUCUGAAAACUACACUCUCGAUCGUCUAUUGCGUAAAGAUACAGAUCUAUAUAAGCUUCGAUCAAGUCGUCGAUGUUUUUCUGCGACGGAGCUUUUACGAGCAGCAGAGUUAGGUGUCAAUACCUCUGAUGGUUGUCGAAAAAUAUGUGUAAUCAUGGAAUGA